UUAAACCUUCCACGGCAAUUUGCACUUUUAUAGCACCUUGGCACCUUUACCUAUUUGAUUAAAAAAAACUCCUGCGCUAAUCUUCUUUAUCCACACGCCAACGCUUGAUUAGCAUAUGUGUCUCAUCAAAUUAAAGGCUGUUUAACAGGAAGUGCGGUGACCCACAGUUAAAAUUCCAAAAUAAAAGCUUAUUAGUCAUAGCAAGCGGUCAGUUAAAUUUUCAUACCUCUUUGUCACUCCUUAUAUAUUCAUUUCAAUACGUUUUUUAACUCAUAUGAUUGAUAUUUUUUUGCGAAUCGGCGUUUCAAUAAAGAGAAAAUUAAGAUUUUUGCCUUUGUUUUGAAAACCUUUAAUUGGAUUUUUUUCUAUGUCACUUUAACUUGACAUUUCCUACUCUCUUUGCACGAGUUGACUAACCGGCGGGAGGAGAAAGGAGAGCAGACGACAGCCAGUCGCAAAGAGGUUUACGUCAAGGUGGACUCCGCCGUCACCAUUUCGACAGCAAUCUUUAAUUUAACAAAGGAGGAAGAACAUAUGGACGAAAUGAGGAUGUUUUCGCUGCCACGCCAACCUUUAUUGAAGACGAAGCCCUCCAGAGCAGUCUGCGCCGUCCUGGGUGUUGAAGCGUCUUCCUGGACUCUUUGCGCCCCUUCAUUGUGGUGUCUCUGUCUGCUUCCCAGCACACCCGAGUGGUUAGUGGUGUCCGGCGGAGGCGGCGAGUCGCCCCGCAGGAUGCCGGCCAAGACCCCUAUGUACCUGAAGAGCAGCACGCCCAAAAGAGGCAAGAAGCCCAAACUGCGUGAUGUGCUAUCGGGCGACAUGAUCAGCCCCCCGCUUGGCGAUGUGCGCCACAGCGCCCAUGUGGGGCCGCGUGGCGAGCGCGACAUGUUCGGGGAUGUAGGAUUCCUCUCGGGGAAGAUGGACAUGUUGCCAGCGCGGAAAGGCGACGCUCGCUCACACAGCGUGGACGGAAGCAACGGGAACGAGGCCGCCGCCUCGGACUACUCCUACAACGGAUUCCACUACGAGCGCUCGUCUUCGGGUUUAUUGAAGAACACCAUCUCCAUGCCUGCCUUCGUCGCUCACGAACAAGCCCCGCCCAAGCCGCCGCGCCUUCAUUUAGAUGAUGGCAAGCAUGGCCACCUACAGCCCUCGGACGUCCACGACAAGCGGCAUGGGCGGCGCCCUGUAGAGAACGGAGGCGGGGACAUCUCCCUGUCACCCUCCCUCCGACGACUGGUCCCGUCGUCCGGGUCCUUCUCCGAAGUCUCGUCGGAGGAGUCUGUGUCCGACAUCUGCGGGCGGCGAGGCCUCAGUCUGGACUCAGACGCUGGUCUCAGCAAUGAGGAUCUGUGUGACGAUUCGCCAUACGGACUCUUCCCGCGAUCAGACUCCGUUGCGGCCUUGGACUUGGACCUGGAUUUGGGGCCGUCCAUUCUGGACGACGUCCUUGGAAUCAUGGACCGCUACAAGGACGUGGAGCACCGAUGCGAGCUAUGAGCCAAAUGGGUGGCAAAGAUGGAUGAUGAGGCCUUUUACACAAGCCCAUGUAAUUAAACACCGGAUGACAGGGCGGACAUUUUGGCAUCAACGCUUGCAGAAAGUAUAAAUAGCUUUUCACUUUUUCCACAUUUUCAUAUGUUACAGCCUCAUUCCAAAAAUAAUAUCAUUUAUUGUUCUUAAAUUACAAAUUAAUGUUGAACACGUUAGAAGAGGUUUUUCAAUGUUCUCAGAAUAUUGAACUUAAUGUGGAAAAAAAUGACGUGACUGAACAAAACAUUACUUUUCUUUACAGCUUCAUUAAUGAUUAUGAAAAAACACAGUUGUAGGAAUUGAAAACCUUUCUGAUGAAAUUGAAAAUUGACCAUACGCAUAUUUCUCAUUUGAAGUUUUUCAAAAAUUCUGUUUUCCAUAUUUGUAUAUGCACCCGAAUUUCAUUUAUUUUUAUUCCAGUUGUCAAUAUAGGGAUUUUGAAAUAAAUGUGAAGUAUUGUUUUUUGAAAAUAAGGCAGUAACAUAAAAUGUGGAAAGAGAGGAGUGCUGUGUAUACGUUGCAAGUAAAAGUGCAAGGGAGGCAACGGGCUCAGGCUGGUCCUAAAGCCUCAAAGUAGCCAUUUUUGGCGGCCAUUAGUAUACUGUAUUUUUAUCUCAUGAAGCUGUGAACAAUUGUAAUCAAAAAUCACAAAGAUGGUUAACUAAUAAAUCCUACAUGAAAUGAGACAUUGCUUUUUUUUCCCACUAUCUAAAACUUUCUGAUUGAGUUCCUCGUCCACGAUCAUACAACAAUCAUAUGCCACUUAUUCCAAGAUAAGACUAAUCUUGCGUUUUUCAUUGUUGCACAUAAAAGCCACUGCUUUGCCGAUUUUAAGGAGUAAGGGAAGAUUAUAGGAGCUGUGCUAGUUUUGGCAGGAAAGUAGGUGGAACUUUUAAUGUCAUUAAGAAAAAGAUUAAGUGCAGCACUGCUUACCUUUUGCUUUUUCCGAUUGAAAAUAUUGGAUCUUGGUCUGGUUUUCAAGUUGGGGGCGGGGAAACUUGGUGUUGUGUGGAGAUACAGUAUGUAUAUAAGCCCUCUUCUGAUAUCACAGUUGGAUUAAUAAAAAAGAAAACCUACUUGAUAGUGUAUGUCCUUUUGCAAUAACAACAACAGCUAUUUAUUAUAUGAACAUUCUGUUUAAACUGGUUCCUAACAUCAAUAAUAUUUGUGUUUGUCCAAAUGAAAUUCCAAUUAAUGUUGUCACAAUAUCACAGUGUAACCUCGAACUCGAAAAGUCAUGUAUUUUGUGUACAUUUCUGUUCAUUCAAGAAUAAAAUGGUUCAAUUUGAAACAAACUGCUAUUUUUU